UGUGUGUAGGCGGUACUAUAUUUGUGGCGACGUGUGUCUUACAUAAAACUCUACUGUGGCUACUGCUGAAAAUUGUGGCGACUUGCACACGUCGCCACAGACAUUUUAUGAAAUUAUUCGCUACUGGCUCAUUUCAACCAAUGAAAUCGCUAGUUGACGAACGUCUGCCUGCCAGUCAAUUGUGAUCCUCAAGCAUUCUUACCGUUGGAUCAAUUAUUCUGCGCAAAAACCUGAAAAGUGUGUAAGUCGCCACAAUUCGGUUUCAUGAACAGUGCUCAUACACACAAGAUUGUGGAGACCAUUUAUUUUGCGACACGAGCGCCUCUUACUGAAACAAUUUGGAAUGAUUUCACUGUUGCAGUUGUGUUUAAUUUCUCAUUUAAUAGGAGAGAACACGUGUUAUUAGUUCUGUGCGUGUUAUGAUUUAUUAUAAUUUGUGGCAACCUCAGGUAAGUUGAGCUAUAUAUUAUUUAUUUUCCAAGUAGUCAGGUAUAUCUUGAUACAUUUGUACAAAUUAAUUAACCACAUCAAAUGUGGUAGGAAAAUAAUAGUGAUUGUAUAUCUUGCAAAUGGAGGUUGGGUCAGACGCGGUAAAAUGCCUUCUGUUAAAAGUCAUAACAGUUUUACCAAAUUAACCAUAUUUUUUGUCUCUAAUACGUAUUUAUAGAGAGAGACAGCUCAUUGUGGUUUCAUCAUGUACAAAUUUCCAAAAUGUAAUACCCGAAUGAUGAUUCGUACAAAAGAUCAUAUGUCUGCAGGUAGGGAUGGUUUUCAACACCAAUAGUUUAUUGGUUUUGGAUACAGAAUAACGUUCAGUGAAGACGAAAAUUUUGAGAAUCACUUAAUGAUUUUCAUGUGCAUUUCGGAAAAUGGAUUAUUGAAUGUGUAUUUUGUAGUGAUGAAAGAACAGGAUGGUAUACUCAAUUUUUCCACUUUUAAGAACCAUUUUCAAAUGAGUUGAAGUAUGAUAACAUUUUUUUAUCAACAACUUAAACAAAGUAAAACGCAUAAUGCAGACCGAUGUUGAUCAGCCUGCUCACCUGCCUUCGAUUUAUUUAUUAAUGCACAAGUUCACAAAAUCUGCUAAUCAAUCUGUAGUAUUGAUCUUUUGAUCAUGGAAUCUUGGUCCAAUAGUAUAAAGUGCUAGACUGGCCAUUUAUUGUUUGAAUCAAAGCGCGACACGGUCAAUACUGUCACUUAGUAGGGCGGCCAAUUUUCAGGGUUAAAAAUGUAGAUUGGGAUUAAUUGACAACAAACUGAUGAUUUUUUCGAGUUGCAAUAAAUAUUAGGUAUGAUAAUGUGCUUUGGUAUCUUAUAUCUUGUAUCGUACGGUUGCACGAUGUUUUUCAUACUGGUGUCGCUCCCAGUUUAAAGCUAAGCAUUGCAUCUUUUACAGUAUAUUCAUCUUAUUCAUGAUGUUAUCAAGAACAAAAAGGAUGGUGACCAUGGCAAGGAACCAAGAUAACCUGCCUUGUGAGUGUUUUUAAACCUUCUGGGGAUGGAAUGGGCAUCACGCAUAUCUUCCAAUGCUCUUAAUACUUUGUACAGCCGAAAGAUGAACAAAACUCAACUACUACCUAUCACUGAAGAUCUGUUAAAGCUUAACACAUUCAUUAUUAACUCUAUCAAAAUGUACAAGGAACGCCUACAGACAUUUUCAGAUUCCGAAAGCUGGAAAAUGCUAGCGUAUUGCUUACUGGCAAGAAUAAUACUUUUUAAUACGCGCAGAUCUGGGGAAGCCGCAAGACUAACUAUAGAUAGCUACAACUCAAGACCUCAAUGGAGUGAACAAUCCACGACUGAGUUGAAAAAUUCCCUAACACCAUUUGAGGUGAAACUUGCCGAACGAUUAGCGGUAGUAGAAAUUCCUGGGAAAAGGGCCAAGAAAGUACCAGUUCUUCUUACGGAUGAGGUUAGGGUAGCGCUCGACUUGUUAAUAUCAAAAAGAACAGAUUGUGGAAUAUCUGGUAAUAACCCAUAUAUAUUUGCUUGCUCGAAGAAUUCGACUCAAUCCUUAAGGGGGCAUGAUUAUCUUUCGAAGAUGUGCAAACUGGCUGACUUGAGAAAUCCUGAACUGAUUACAGCUACUAAGCUAAGAAAAUAUGUGGCUACCGUAUGUCAGGUGUUUGAUCUGACUGAAACCGAAUCUGACUGGUUAGCAAGACAUUUGGGCCACGACAUACGGGUCCACAGAGAAUUUUAUCGCUUACAUGAGAGCACCGUGGAACUGACCAAAGUUAGUAAAUUGCUGAUGGCGGUUGAUGAAGGAAAAGUGAGCACCUUCGCUGGGAAGUCACUAGCAGAUAUAGACAUAGACGAUUAACCACAAAUAGAGGAAAGUGAGAAUGGAUCGGAUUGUGAGGCAGAGUUGGACGGUCAAAUUUCACCGCAAGAUAAUCCACCUACAGAAGUCUCAAAGAAUGCAUCUCCUACAGAACUCCCAAAGAAUGCUUCUCCAAAGCGGACUUUACAGAAAAGAGGUAAACAACCAUGGACACCAAAAGAAAAGGAAGCUGUCCUGACCUAUUUCGAAAUUAAUAUCAGGAACUCAAUAGUACCAGGGAAAAUAGACUGCAUGAAAUUCAUCGAAGCACAUCCUCUGCUGGAUCAGAGAGACUGGAAGAAAAUUAAAUAUGCAGUGAAAAACGUCAUAGAUAAAAACAAAAAGCUAAAAAAGAAACAUACAAUGUAACAAGUUUUAAUUUUGCGUUUUUUUUUUGCUCUGCAAUACAGUAAGAAGGGCCUGUAAGGCUAUUUGUUGAACUAAUUACUAAACUAAAUAGGUUUUAUUAUUAUUCUAUUCAUUGUGUAGCUACUAUUAACAUGCACAAAAUAAAGCCUUAGGGUAUGAAGUUCAUGAAAAUUGGCCUUAAAGAAUUAUUCUAAUAAAUUGUUGUUUAAUGACUCUAAUCGACUGAGACUUCCUAGGAGAGACCAAGUUUUUCAUACCUUUUCGCCAGGAAACAAACCAAGUCAUAAAGAGGCCUUAGAGACCCUCCUUUUAUAAAGAUGUAUCUGUACGUGUUUAUUUUUUAUUUAGGAAACUACUUUACGCUUCGUACAGCGUAUAUUUCUUGCACUGUAAGAGAUUUUAAGUUUUUGGGUGGGUCUACAUGGAUCCACAGUGAGAAUACGACUAUUACCAUAGAUCAGACAAUAUCAACACGACCGCACAUAAAACCUGAUUUCAUUGGUUGCUAGGUGCUGUGUUAUAAUAACCGAUCCGUAUGCGCGUAUCUUUGUGGACUCACCCUGUAUAUUUUUUAUGUUGUCUGAUUGUGUUCACUGACAUUUACAUGUUAAAGUUUUGGAUGACAUUAAUUGUUUAAAAAAUAAAGAAUUAAAACUAUAUUGCGCCUGCCAUCAACCGCAUUUCAUCCUCAUACAUUUUUGGUAUUAUCUUGAAAUACCCAGGAUUCUUGAAGUACAUCCUACCGUAUACGUAUCCUUAAAGCCAAUGAGAGUAUUGUUUGAUAUGUGCUUGAAUAUCACUUAUAUAUCAUUGUGGCGACAAACCGAUAUGACAACAUUGCAAAAACUAAACACUCCUAUUAUGGAGACCUGAAGGUACACACAGCUCAUCUUUCAAUAUUAGUGGCUACUCAUACACUCUGUUCACAAAUGUAGGUUGUUAUGACACCCGUAGCCACAAUAUAAUUUAGCUGUUUUUAAUUGUUAAACGGAGUGUAUCCCGUUUUUAUUGAUACCAGACUACUGCGCAAGCACUGUAGAAUGUUCAGGAGAAAUUUCAUCGAUAUCGCCACAAUUGAGGACUAUUCACGCGUCGCCACAAGAGCCUAGGCGCCUGUAUA